CUCUUCCCUCCUUCAGCUUGAUUGGUGGGUGAGCGAAAGCCACCGCGUUGCUGUGGAGACGGGGACGCUGCCUUUGGCUUGCGACGAGGGUUUUGUAGGGAGGCAGCCGCGCGACCCGAAGGGGGCGGGGCUUGACUGCUUGGAGACUUUGCUGCUUGCAAGGCUGACCCUCUCGCUUGAGGAUGAUGAGUAGCAAGCCAGGGAAGAAGGAGUCGCGCAACAGCAGGACGCCCCCCGAAAAGAAAAGGAUAAAGACACUUGAGGUGCCUUCCUGCCCGGUGCAAGAGGAGCCAGAGCCUGUGAGCAGUGUCCUGCAAGGGGAUGAAAUCCAAGCUUUAGCCAUAAAAUUAGAAGACUUAGCAAAGCUUCGCACAGCACGUCUUCCUCAAGAGGAGAAAGAGAAAUCUCAUGUAACGAAGAAGUUCCUUGUUCGCAGAUCCAGGCCUCAGGAGGUUAAGAAGAAAGCACAAUUCCUGGUUGCUUAUCCAACUCUCUCAGAUGAGUCCAAGAAAACACUGCAUUAUUCUGGUAUAGAAGGACCAGUAAUUGACAGCUAUGGACAUAUCCUUCCACACACGAUCUUAGGAACUCUCCAGGAAUUCAAAGAAGAAGCUUUAAGAAGGGGACACUCCCAGGUAGCAAAUCUAGUUCCUGAUGACUCCCAGCUUACAUGUGGAGUCCCCAUUUUGGCGAAGUAUAGAGAGAAACAUGAAGAAGAAAAGAAAACUGAGCAGAGACCUUCAUCACAGGACAUGGCCCUCCAGAACUGGCACCGCAAUAUGGCAAUCAGGAGGAAGCAGCAGAAGAAGCUGUCAGAAUAUCUUCAGAAAUCAGAAAGCAACCUAUUGAUGAACUUUUCAGAGCAUUACAGGAGAAUUCAAGAACAGCGUACGUUGAUUGACCGCAGCAUUCCUGCCCUGUUCUCUGGAAAGGGCUAUAGUGGACAUGAAUUCUGGACUGAGCCUGUAUGCUUUGGCGAUGAGGUCAGUGGCCUGGCGGUAACUCUGGGUCAGACUGAACGGGGCUUCCCGGAAGAAGUCACGCAUGUUGGGAAACCUCACAGAAUCUGGAUGGAGAUGGGUACCAGACCUCCAAAAUACGAAGUAUUUCAUUAUACUUGGGAGAAGAGUCUCUUUUUAAAGCAUCGGCGAAAUGAGUUAAAGGAAGUCUUGGAAAAACUGGAUUUUUAUAGCCCGGACAUAGAGGGCCUGGAGGUCAUAGGCAGAAAUCGACCUUUCACUAGCGUAUCUGCAAAGAGCUUUUCAGUCUCUGAAGAUAAAGAAUUUCUUGAUGAAAGAAAAAGCCCAGACCUCUUAGAAGAAUAUCCAGAUAUCUUUUCAGAACCAGUACUGGGUCCUUCGCUGAAAUUUUGUGGACAGCCAGCUCGCUGGAUCAACUCUACAGUUCAGAAAGGAGAGGUUGGCAUUGCUGCCCGGGUCACCUUUGGAAUUCUGGUGGGAGAAAAGGCUGAAUCUCUCCUCACAGUGACCAAUGAUGGCACUGCAGCCAUCUGGUAUGAUUGGCGAAGGCUGCCUCCUCCAUUUUCUUUCCAGGAGAAAAAGAGAAAAGGGGUGCAGAAUUUUUACUUUAACACCAGGUCAGGGGUUAUUCUGCCUGGAGAAACCAAGAGGUUUUCCUUCAUCUUCAAGUCCAUGAACACAGGCAUCUUCAGUGAGUCCUGGGAGUUUAGCACUCAUCCCACAUUAUUAGGAGGGGCUGUGUUGCAAGUGACUUUAUGGGGAGUUGCUCUGUAUGAAGAUAUAUCAUCUGGAAUCAGGGAAGAGUUGCAGAAAACACUGGAAUCUCAUGAAGCUGCUGUCAUUGUGGAAGAGAACCUGAGGGACCUGCUUGAUCGAAUUCGUACCCCAGAGCGAGCACGGUCCCCUCUUGACGCCUACGUCACGGAGGAAGAGUUAUUCCAAAGAAAGAAUCCAGAGCUCUACUAUAAGCACCAAGUGGUAAGGGAGCUCCAUAAUUUAUGGGACAAGCUCAUGAAUCCUCCUCAGGUGGUGGAAGUCUACAUGAACAUGACACACAGUGAAUCCCCACCAAAGAGUGUGGCAGAAGCACAGAAGAGUCCUGAGGACACUCCUCACCGUAAGAGUAUCUCUCCAGGUCUUUCAAAACUAAGGAAGUCUGUGGUAGAAGAGGUGACACCUCGCUUGGCUGAGCCUGUGGUGCAGCAGAUGAAGCCAGUGGAGCCAGCGGAUCGGGUUGAGUGGAAUCUUUCAGUUGCAGAUUUCAAACAGUCUGUGCUUGCAAUCCCUGAGGAAGAUGAGCGAGAAGCUGCCCUGACUCAGCUCAAUAAAGCAGCGCUGGAACUUUGUAUGGCGCCUGUGACGACACAAACAGAACUCUUGUACCACAUUUGUUUCCAGUUGUGGUGUGAGGUAAUUGAUGGCCUUGUGACACGCUCUCUGACGCUCAGAUCUCUGCUUGGUAUGCCUGAGAAAGACACCUACCUCGAAGUUGUCCCAGAGGAGUCAGCUGACGUAAAACCAGUACCUGUAAAGACGGCGAAGGAGGAACGGAGAGUUCAAAGAGAAGAUAGGAAGGCUGCAGCGAAAGAAAAAGAAAAAGGAAAGGCCUCAAAAGAGCAGGAGCGCUCAAACAGCAGAAAAAUGAAACAGAAAGAGGAGAGAAAAUCAAAAAGUGCCGCAAAGGAAGCAAAAGAUGCAGUCGUAAUUUCUGUGGAUGCUGCUGAAGCAGAACAACCAGACCGCCGUGAACAAGUGGAUCCUGUUGUGCAGGAAAAAUAUCGUGAGAACCUUUAUGUUGAAGUUUAUGGAUUGCUGAAUUCGAUGAUGAACAAAAUGGUCUUCCUCUUUGAGGAGCUGAAGAAAGAUACCCCAGAGGGAAAGGCUAAAACACAUUUUAUCUGAAUGAUGUUUAAUUAUGUAAUGAAAUAAAGGGCUAUACCUUUUUA